CUUUGGACUAAAUAUAACGUCGGGUAAGUACCCGACCCGAAUAGAAAUACGGAUCUACGCUGCUAAAUCUGCAAAGUACAACCAGCUAAAGCAGAUUUAGCUCACUUUUACUUGAUCUCCGCCAUCAAAAUCUUCUUCGCCGGCCGCCGAUCUAUUCUCCGACCAAGAUGGGUGCCGGUUUCCUCGUUGGCGUCAUCGGUGUUCUUAUUCUAUCUCAUGCUACCUAUUCCACAAUCCAAUAUAGGGCUUUGCUUAAGAUUACUGAGGAGGAGUUUUCUGGACCAUCCAUUAAUGUUGUUAUCGAAUUGAUAGUUAGUUUAGUGUUAUGCUUGUGGGCUGCAAUGGCUGCCCCUGGAAAUUUCAAGUCAAUCCAUCCUCAAUCUGAGGAAAACAGGGUGGUCGCUUUGCCUGCCAAUCUGGAUUUUAUGAUCUUUAAUCACCGUGGGAAAAUAUUUCCUCUGGAAACCGAGUUGAAGUUGAAGUAAUGGUCUGGAUUAAUUCAGUAUUCAUGAGCUCAACAAACUGCCACCCUCCAGACCAGCCCCAUCUUUCGCGACUGUUCUUGGAGAGGAUUGUUUUAGACAGUUUUUCUAUUACACUAAUUCAAUUACUCGAGCAGCACUAGUCGACCUGUGGAAUGUUAAUUGUUAGAGAGCAGACGGAAAAAAAAGACACUCAGUUUGCACAUUUUCAUUUUUGCUUGCUUAAAUUUUAGUUUUGUAUGUUAAGACUCGAAUUUUCAGAACAUAUCCCAUAGUGUCUAUUAGCAUUUA